CUGUGUAACAUGGCGGCGCCCAUGUAAGUACCACAUUUGAGGGCGGGACUGUACGGCCCUUCCGUCCAGACCCCACUUUUCCCGAGAACCCGACCGCGGGUUUCGGGUAUGAGGUCGGCUGGCCUGGCGCGGCUGAAUGGGCUCUUCGCGGUCUAUAAGCCCCCGGGAUUAAAAUGGAAGCACCUGCGGGAUAACAUAGAGCUGCAACUUCUGAAGGGUCUAAAUGCUAAGAAACCUCCGGCCCCUGAACAGCGUGUUCGAUUCUUAUUGGGCCCCACAGAAGACAGUGAAGAGAAGGAGCUGACACUCACAGCCACCAGUGUGCCCACCCUCACCAGCCAUCCACUGGUGCGUGGACCGGCGUUCACCAGUCUGAAGGUUGGUGUGGGACACCAUCUGGAUGCCCAGGCUUCUGGGGUGCUUGUGUUCGGCGUGGGACAGGGAUGCAGUCUCCUCACCAGCAUCUAUGAAGCUCAUCUCACCAAGGAUUAUACAGUACGCGGCCUCCUGGGCAAAGCCACAGAUGACUUUUGUGAGGAUGGGCGGCUGGUGGAGAAGACCACAUAUGACCAUGUGACCAGAGAGAAGCUGGACCGCAUCCUGGCUGUGAUCCAAGGCUCCCAUCAGAAGGCCCUGGUGGUGUACUCCAACCUGGACCUGAAGACCCAGGAAGCCUAUGAGAUGGCCGUGAGAGGCUUGAUCCGGCCCAUGAACAAGUCCCCCAUGCUGAUAACUGGCAUCCGAUGCCUUCACUUUGCACCUCCAGAAUUCCUCCUAGAGGUCCAGUGCAUGCAUGAAACACAGAAACUGCUGAGGAAGCUGGUGCAUGAAAUUGGCCUGGAACUAAAGACCACUGCUGUUUGUUCCCAAGUGCGACGCACACGAGAUGGUGUCUUCACAUUGGAUGAUGCCCUCCCGAGGACCCAGUGGGACCUAGACCAUAUCCUGGAUGCCAUCCAGGCUGCUGCUCCCCGGGUAGCUACAGAGCUGGAGAAGACCCUGAGGCUAGGGCUGGGCACCACGCAGCUCCCCAGUCCAGGGUGGCCCUGGCACUCAGAGGGCCCAAGCUCUGCCUUUGGGCUAGAGAGUGAUGCUAUCAUUGAAAGGCCAGGCAGCUAGCUGGUGGGAGACUGAGUGGGUAAAUAGAAGAACUGCUUGUGAGCUGGACCCGAUGUCCAUAAAGUGAGAGUAGGGGAUGCUUUUCUGCAUGUGACACAAAACUCAGUAGUUGUAAUAGGAAAAAUUACUGGACUUGACCCAAAUGGAAAGAAAAAACUAUAUGGAGGAAAAGAUGACAAACAAAUGAUAGACUGAUAACAGUAUUGUAGUAUCUUUAACUGAGGACAAAUAGCCAUAAUAAACAGAGCUCUUAGAAAAUAAUAAGAAGGGUGAGAAAAUUAGGCAAAUAGGGGCAGCGCCUGUGGCUCAAAGGAGUAGGGCGCCGGCCCCAUAUACCAGAGGUGGCGGUUUCAAACCCAGCCCCGGCCGAAAAAAAAAAAAGAAAAUUAGUCAAGUAGCCUGGACACAGUGGCUCACCAUGCAUGGUAAUCCCAGCACUUGAGAGGCCAAGGUGGGUGGAACACCUGAACUCAUAGGUUUGAGACCAGCCUGAGCCAGACUGAGACCCGAUCUCUAAAAAUAGCCAGGUGUGGGCAGCACCUGUAGCUCAGUCCGUAAGGCGCCGGCCCCUUAUACCGAGGGUGGCAGGUUCAAACCCAGUCCUGGCCAAACUGCAACAAAAAAAAUAGCCGGGCGUUGUGGCGGGCACCUGUAGUCCCAGCUACUCAGGAGGCUGAGGCAAGAGAAUCGCCUAAGCUCAAGAGUUGGGGGUUGCUGUGAGCUGUGUGACACCACAGCAUUCAACUGAGGGCCAUAGUGACACCCUGUCUAAAAAAAAUAAAUAAAAUUUAAAAAAUUGCCAGGUGUAUCCUGUAGUCCCAGCUACUCGGGAGGCUGAAGCAAAAGAAUCGCUUGAGCCCAAGAGUUUGAGGUUGUUGUGAGCUGUGAUGCCACACACUCUACCAAGGGCAACAAAAAGAGACUAUCUCCAAAAAAAGGAAAGAAAAUUGGCUGGGCGCCCCUGGCUCAGUGGUUAGGGCACUGGCCACAUGCUCGGGGCUAUUAAACGAAUGAACAAACAUAAAUAGCUAGGUGUUGUGGCUGACGCCUAUGGUCCCAACUACUUGGGAGGCUGAGGCAAGAGAAUUGCUUGAGCCCAAGAGUUUGAGGUUAAGAGAAAAAGAAAGAAAAUUAGGCAAAUAAUAUGAACGCUGUAUUAAAAGAAAUCUAGGCUAGGAGUGAUGGCUCACACCCAUAAUGCUAGCACUCCAAGGCCGGGGUGGGAAGAUCCUUUGAGCCCAGGAGAUCGAGACCAGCCUGAGCAAGAGAGAGAUCCUGUCUCUAUUAAAAUUGGGAAAAUUAGAUGGGUAUUGUGGUGGGCACCUUUAGACACAGCUACUCUGGAGGUUAAGGCAAGAGGAUCCCUUGAAACCAGGAGUUUGAGGUUGCUGGGAGCUAGGCUGACACCACACCAUUCUAGCCUGGGCAACACAGUGAGACUAUUGUCUCAAAAAAAUAAACAGGCUGGGCGUCCAUAGCACAGUGAUUAUGGCCCCAGCCACAUGCACUGAGGCUGGCAGGUUCAAGCCCGACCCGGCUAGCUAAACAACAAUGAUAACUGCAACAACAAAAAAAUUACCAAGCGUUGGGCAGCGCCUGUGGCUCAGUGAGUAGGGCACCAGCCCCAUCUACCAAGGGUGGCGGGUUCAAACCUGACCCCCGCCAAACUGCAACAAUCAAAAAAAAAAGAAAAAUAGCCAGGUGUUGUGGUGGGUGCCUGUAGUCCCAGCUACUCAGGAGGCUGAGGCAAGAGAAUCACCUAAGCCCAGGAGUUGGAGGUUGCUGUGAGCAGUGUGACGCCACAGCACUCUACUGAGGGUGAUAAAAUGAGACUCCGUCUCUACCAAAAAAAAAAUAGCCAGUGUUGUGGCAGGUGCCUGUAGUUCCAGCUACUUGGGAGGCUGAGGCAAGAGAAUGGCUUACGCCCAAGAGUUCAGCACUCUACCAAGGGUGGACAUAGUGAGACUAUGUUUCAAAAAAGACAAAAACCAAGGGUGACAUAGUGAGACUAUGUUUCAAAAAAGACAAAAACCAAGGGUGACAUAGUGAGACUAUGUUUCAAAAAAGACAAAGUAAGUUUUACUUUGUCACCCUCACUGGGGUUCUGUGCCGUCAUAGCUCACAGCAACAUCAAACUCAAGUGAUCCCCUUGCCUUAGCCUCCCAAUUAGCUGGGACUAUAGGCACUUGACACAAUGCCCAGCUAUUUUUUGGGGGGGAGCCUCAAGCUGUCGCCCUGGGUAGAGUGCUGUAGCAUCACAGCUCACAGCAACCUCCAGCUCCUGGGCCCAAGUGAAUCUCUUGCCUUAGCCUCCCAAUUAGCUGGGACUACAGAUGCCUGCCACAACGCCUGGCCAUUUUUUUUUUUUUUGGUUGUAGUUGUCAUUGCUGUUUGGCAGGCUUGGGCUAGAUUGGAACCUACCAUCUCUGGUGUAUGUGGCUGGUGCCUUAGCAACUUGAGCUACAGGCGCUGAGCCACGCCCAGCUAUUUUUAGAGAUGAGGUCUCACUCUGGUUCAGAAGUCAGCUAGGGGUUGGGUUUCCCUCCUUGUGUUCAGGAAUAACAUUGAUGCUAUUUGAGAGGCCGAUUAAAAAGAGAGUAGCCAAAAAAAGAGAGAGUAGCCAACUGCCAUGGGUGGUGGGCAUGGUGUAAUUGUUUGCCAGGGGGUAUCUUAAGAAAGUACCACAUGGCUUGGUGCCUGAAGCUCAAGCGGCCACAGACACCACAGCUGGCUGGUUCAAAUCCAGCCCGGGCCUACUAAACAACAAUGACAACUACAACCAAAAAUUAGCCAAGCAUUGUGGUGGGCACCUGUAAUCCCAGCUACUUGGGAGGCUGAGGCAAGAGAAUCACUUAAGCCCAGGAGUUUAGAGGUUGCUGUGAGCUGUGAUGACACAGCUCUCUACCCAGCACGACAGCUUGAGGCUCUGUCUCAAAAAAAAAAAGAAAGAA